GUAAAUUGUUUUUAGGUCGUUAGUAAUAACGUUACCCCGCUGUGUUCGUAAAUGGAUGAACUUGAUAGUCUGCUAAAUGAGUUGCACCAAACUAAUCAAAAAAUCUUGCAGAAAAAUAAUGCUUUCAAUUCAUCCUCCGAAUGCAGUAAUACUGUCACUCAUGUAACGAAAACAAACAAACAGACUGAGUCAGACUACACUGUUUUUGAUCCAGGACAAUGUGAAUCUGGACAAGCCAUUAGUCGGAACGGUGAUCGUUCGAGUUCUUCACAACCAGAUAGCGUUCAAGAUCUCAACAAAAUGCUAGCUAGUCUUGACAACUUUGAUUACUUGCAUAUUGAUCAAAUUCCACAAGCAUGUCUUGGGUAUGAUCAAACUGAAAGAGGUCAGUUACAUGCAACUCCAAAUUAUCAUACAAAUACGUCAACAUUGAUUGAUAAUCAUUCAGAAAACAAUUUUAAUACUCUACACUCGAAUAAACAAACAAUGUUGGCAGCGAAAGAAGCUGAAAGACAAUUAGACGAUCUGUUACAUUCUUUAAAACAAUUCAAGAUCAAUAAUCAUCAAAGCGAUUCUGGUGCUGAACUACUGAAUAGUAUGAGUAAUUCAUUCAUUGAUAAUUCAAUAUCGGAUAUUCAUCAAACAAAUUCACAAACACCUUCACAUAAGUCUUCUACAACAUCAAAUCAUAAAUCUGGUACUAAUAUUAGCACUAACAGUAUCAAUACUAACAGUAUGACAGUAGAUAUUAACAGAAGUUAUAAUUAUGAUCAGCAUCAUGAUAAUAAAAUUAAUCAAAAUACUGAUAAUUUGAACAUUACUGCACGAUUACAAAGGCAUAAUGCUAAACGUGUAAUACCACCGAAAUACGAUCAGAUCAACAAUGUUUCAUCUACAGAACAAGGUCCAACUCAACUAUUAAAUUCAAUGCUUAAUGAUUUAUCGUCUGAACUAUCUCAGCAUGGUGCAAAAACUAAUCCUCGUGGACAGUGUUAUGCUUGUAAAAAGCCUAUAAAUGGAACGUUAAUAACAGCUAUUGGUAAAGAAUGGCAUCCGGAAUAUUUCACUUGUGCUAGUUGUCGUGUUGGCUUAGUUCGUCAAGAUUUCUAUGAACGUGAUGAUCAAGCUUAUUGUACUCAAUGUCAUCUACAAAUGUUCUCACCUAGAUGUGGUUAUUGUGGAGAAGCAGUUGUCGAGAAAUGUGUUUUGGCUUUGGCACGUGCAUGGCAUCCUGAGCACUUUUUUUGCUACGAAUGUCAUUCCACUUUUAAUGGAUCGUUAACAGUACAUGAACAAAAUGGCAAAUUUUACUGCUCGUAAGUUUCGUAAUGUUAAACAGUCAUUAUCAAGACCAAUGGAAGAAGAACUUAGUUAUUUGCCUAGUGAAACUGAUUAUGUAGGGAUAAGAAUAAGAAAUAAGUAAUUCAUGUGCAUAUUAAUAUGGUUCACUUGGUUGAGGAUAUAUGUGAUUUAAAGAAAAAAGCUGUAAAAACGUUUUAUGGGCUCAUGAAUUGAAUUCAUGUAUAUAGUUUUAUACAAAUUACUACCAAGCAACCACUCCAUCUGUGUUAGAAUUAACAAAUGCAAAGAAUCAAUCAUUACUUCAAAGCCUACAUUUUUUAUCUAUGUUCAAUCAGUUGUUAUAUCAGAAGUCAGAUUAUCUUAGUUGGAUGUUUUUAUUCAUAAAUCAUAAUUUCGAUUACCUUAUAGAUAUUUAGUUAGUUGACCAGAAGCCUUGUCUUUUAGGUUAUCUAUGGUUGCAAUUUGCUUAUCAAUUUCACAAACAAAUUACCUUAGUUAAUCCUGACAAUUGUAUGAAUUAAUUUUAUCAUUGUAAUAACUUGGAGCUAACCACCGGAGUUAGGCUAACAGUCAGCGAGAGAGAAAAAGGUGAAGACGAUUCGCAAUGUAGACAUUUUUCAUAACUUAUCUCAACUUAAAGAGUUUAUAGAACUGACUAAUAGAACAUUUCUCUUAUUGCUAAUAUUAAAUUCAUAAUCAAAUAAACAAACAAGUGAUUUGAUUUUUAAAUAAACUGUCAGUUUAAUGUAAUCUAUGUUUAUUUGCUUAUGAUUUAUAAUGAUAAAUUUUAUUAGUUUGAUUUUAUAGAUCAAAAUCAUCAUAAAUUAUAAUCUACAUUUAAGGCAGGUAGUUUUCAACAAAAUUCACUUAUUUCAUAACUCAUAAGGAUUUGUUCAGUUACAAUUUCCAAUCUUCCUUAACUAUAAGACUUUACAUUUGAUGGCUUACUUUCCGUUAUUAAGUAACUAAACUUAAUGUUAUUUUAAACUAUUUCCUUUAAAUUGUAAAACUUAUAAAUUAAUUCUUUCUAUAUCAAGUAACUGCUAUUUCACACGAUUUGGAACUCCAUGCUCUGGCUGUCAACAACCUAUUACAGAUGCAUACAUAACUGCAUUGGAUAUGCCUUGGCACAAAGAUUGUUUUACUUGUCAUGAUUGUAAUAGAAUACUCACUGGAUCAAGUUUUCAUGAAAUUGAAGGAUAUCCUUACUGUGAUUCUCACUAUUACUCAAGACGUGGAUUAUUAUGCUCUGCAUGUUCAUUACCAAUUACUGGAAGGUGUGUAAAUGCACUUGGUAAACGUUAUCAUCCAGAGCACUUUUUAUGUGCUUAUUGUUUACAUCCAUUACAAACCGGUACAUUUAAAGAACAUUCAAGUAAACCAUACUGUCAUCAGUGCUUUACCCAACUGUUUGGUUAGUAUGGUGCACAAAUAUCUACAUUUAUAUAUACAUACAUAUUACUGUUUUUUUUCUUCUUGUUUAAGUUUCAGAUAUUGAAGGUUGGACAGUUAUGUUUAUUACCUUUAAACUGUCAAAAUAGUAUGACAAACAGUAAAUGUUAAAUUAUUUUUAAGUACUAUUCAGCUUAUGUUUCAAAGUAUUGUACAUACUGUUUGUAUCCUGUUUUUUUAGUUAGUCUUACAUCUCAUAACGUGUUUCUUGCUUAGACUCAACAACUUACACGAAGAUUUAUCAAGCACACUGUGUUAGUCAAUAUUAUGCUUUUGAAACUACAUAACAUCUAAAUGUGUGUUUCAUAUAUGUUUUCAUCGCCAAAACACUAUUUGAUGUAAAAAGUAAUGUAUUCAUUUUGUAAUUUGAGUAUUACGUUAU